AUGGCUCUUGAGGCACCCUUGAGAUCGUCGACUGGAAGCUUUAAAUCCAUCUAUUCUCCAUACACCGAGAUGUCGCUCUCGGCGGGUCCAGAUUCCCCGCUGCCUGCUCAGUAUAUGGCCUCCUCAUCGGCCUCUGAUUCUCAAUCACUACGUCCUACUUCCUACAUUAGACCCAACUCGGCACAUCUGCUCCUAAGUCCAACCAGCGAUAUUGUUGGCCCAUCUCCGGUGACAUCGAAUGGUACCGAGACCACAGAGAUCGAGGACGACGAGGCAGAGGAACAUGCUGAGCAAGGGCAAGGGCAACAUGGUCAUCACUCGGUUAGUUCAGCCUCCUGGCGUGAUAACGAGCUCAGACUCUGA